ACUGAGGACCUAAUGAAGGUCAUAAUAUGAGAUUUUCAUCAUUAGAUUCUUAAAAUUAUAUUUCAACCAGCAGUGUGGCAGUAGCCCCAAAAUACACCGGUAACUUGGAAUCUUAAGGUUUCAUCUGGUUUCUGGGGGGUUUUAUUCAGUCUGGGGGUCGCAUCAGGUUUCUGGGUGUCCCAUUUUGUCUUGGUGAGUUUCCUCACACCUCUGGGAGUCUCAUUUAGUCUGGAGGUCUCAUCAGGUCUCUGUGGGUGUCAUCAGAUCUGGGGUCUCAUCUGGUCAUUAGAGGUCUUAUUAGGUCAAUGGUGGUCUCAUCAUGUCUGGGGGUCUCAUCUGGUAUUUAGGGGGCAUGUCAGCUCUGUGAGUUUUAUCAGGUCUGAGGGUCUCAUCAAGUGUGAGGGGUCUCAUCAGGUCUCUGGGGGGCUCAUGAGGUCAGUCUGGGGGUCUCUUCAGGGCACCCAUUCAGUUUGAGGGUCUCAUUCAGUCUGGCGGGUCUCAUCAGGUCUCUGAGGGGCUCAUGAGGUUUGGGAGUCUCAUCAGGUCUCUGGCAGUCCCAUCAGGUCUGAGGGUCUCAUCAGUUCUGGGGUCUUAUUCAGUCUGGACUUCUUAUCAGGUCUCUGGGGUCUUAUUCAGACUGGGGGUCUUUUCAGGUCUUUGGGCACCCAUUCAGUCUGAGGGUCUCUUCAGGUCUUUGGGCACCCAUUCAGUCUGGGGGGCACUUCAGGUCUUUGGGCACCCAUUCAGUCUGAGAGUCUCAUUCUGUCUGGGGGUCUCAUCAGGUCUCUGGGGUCCCAUUCAGUCUGGAGGGUCUCAUCAGGUCUCUGGGGGGCUCACGAGGUUUGGGAGUCUUAUCAGGUUUCUGUCGUUCUCAUCAGGUCUGAGGGUCUCAUCAGGUGUGGGAGUCUCAUCAAGUCUCUGGGAGUCUCAGUCAGUCUCAUGAGGUUUGGGAGUCUCAUCAGAUCUCUGGCAGUCCCAUCAAGUAUGAUGGUCUCAUCAGUUCUGGGGUCUUAUUCAGUCUGGGGGUCUCAUCACAUCUCCUGGGAUCUCAUUAGGCUGCAUAAACUUCAUUGUAACUUUGAAGCAUUAAAUCUUUAAAUUAUACGGUUAUGCAGCACAUCGUUUGAAAGCUUAGACUCUCAGGAUUCCAUUAAGCCCACACACAAAGCAUAAUAUGAUUUAUAGCAUCUGUUAUAGCAAACUGUAAUCUAGUUGUCCUUUACCUGAACCGGGCGGCGCCGAUUCAUUUUCUUUACUUAUCUUUAAAUUCUUCCCUUUAUCCACUUCAGUGAAAUUGUCCAAAAAAAAUGUUUUCAUAAAUCCCCAAGAGUCCAAGGAAUUGGAUUAUCCAAGCCAAACUAAAACAAUCUGUUUGCCUCACAAUCUCGUUUCUGACUGAAUUACGAUAUAAAAACUGUCAAAGUAUAUGGGAGCUGUACCACUUUUAAUUUGGGUAUGUCGUUUAGACAAAAAACAUGGAAUUUCGGGCGUUUCAUAAGAGGUUAUGAAGUCUCUGAGGUUUUUAAACUACAGGCCAGAAGAACACAACCUGUUUUUCCUCAAAGAGCAGAACAUACUGAAGUUAUAAUACACAUCAAUGACAUGUAUUGCAAUAUAUAAGCACAAUAUAUAAACCCAUAUGCCUUAUCCAUCUCCAACAUAUUGAUUUUUAGGCGUCUGUUUAGGGUGGGGCCUAUCAGCUGUGUUUAGAGAAAGAAGUUUGUUUCUGAAGGUCACAGAAACAUUCGUUCUUGAAUUGCGUCAUAUCUGUUUUCAAUCUUUGUGUUAUUAUUUUGCUUCACUCUUCAGUUUUUUGCACACUGGAUGUCCUGAUCAAACCCCGUGGAGAUCUUCAGUCAGGAUGGAAGUGAUGCAUUUAUUUCUCAUAGCAGGUAUUUCUGUCUGGUCUACACUGGCAGGUAGUUUUGAUAUCAACACACUUGAGAAACCUCAACUUUCUGGUCCUUCUGUCGCAUUGGAAGGUUCAGUUGUGGAAUAUUUCUGUGAAAUGCCCUCGCUACCCCCAGAUGUUUCUGUUAUCCUUACACUUUAUUUGAAGAGAAACAUGAAUAAGGCCAUCGGUGAGCACACUGUGAAUUUUGGAGAAAAUGGCACAUUUCCUCUGUUUGUCACCAAGAGGCUUGAUGGUCAACUCAUCUGUGAAGCCAGUGGAAACAACAACACACAGAUUGAAAAAACAUUCAGUAACAGCCUGGAACUCAAAGUCAUUUCUCCAGUGGAGGGAGCAUCAAUCACGUUACAUCCGUCCACUGAUGAUCUGUGGGAAGGACAGAGUUUGACCCUUUAUUGUAACAUCACAAAAGGGACACACGUCUCUUAUGAUUGGCUGGUGAAUGGAAAAUCAGUUCACACAGGAUCCAGUCUGACCAUUCAGUCUCUCUCUGUCCAACACACGGGCGAUUAUCAGUGUGUCGCAUCAAACCAAGUGAAUGACACAAUGGUCUUUAACUCCAGCAGUGAUGUCAAGUCUGUGCAGGUCAAAGAAUACAUGUCAAAACCCGAAAUCUCAAUGGAUGUGAUGAAGAUUGAAGUCGGCAUCUUCAUCAGCGUCAAAUGUCAGUCUGAUAAAGGAACUCAACCCAAAACAUUCAGUUUGUUUAAUGACAAAAAAGUUAUCAACACAAAAACCACAGAAGGACUUCAGGUUGAUUUUAAUGUGUCCAUUGAGCUGAAUAAAGACAUGGGUGGAGUGCAAUGUAAUGCCAGUAAUGAGGGCACUGAUGCUAAGUAAACCAAUAAGUCUGACUGUAGAGUGAUUCCUGACUGAGGUGAACAGAUCCUGAUGCUGAAGAUCACAGCUGGACCAGACCAGAUCAGACCAGACCUCUUCACAACAAUCACUACUCUGCUGUGGUGUUGUUGUUUUCAGCACAGAUGAUUUAAAAUCCUCAGAUUAAUUUUGUUAAUUGUGUGGCUUUUGUAUAUCAAUAAAUAUAUUUAAUGUUUCUGACAAAAAAAAUGUAUUCAGAAAAAUACAGAUUUGUGUUGUGAUGGGUUUUACUGAGGACCUAAUGAAAGUCAUGACAUGAGAUUUUCAUCAUAAGAUUCAGUUUUAAAAUGUUCUUUCAACCAGCAGUGUGGCAGUAGCCCAAAAAUACACAGGGAACUUAGAUCUUGGAUAUGGGGUUUUAUCUGGUUUCUGGGAAUCUCAUCAGGUCUCUGGAGGUCUCAUGAGUGUCUGUUGGACUCAUCAGGUCUAAGGGUUUCAUCAGUUCUGGGAAUUCUAUCAGGUCUCUGUGAGUCUCAUUCAGUUUGCAGGUCUCAUCAGAUCUCUGAGGGGUUUAUCCCGUGUCUUGGGGUCUCAUGAGGUCUUUGGGGAUCUGAUCAAGUCUAGC